CCAAGAUGAGCACUUCACCCCACCCCAGCACGGAGAUCCCGCGACACGGUGUACCCAACCACGGCGAACCCUGAGGGCCUGAGGGCCCCUCCCGUCCAUCAUCCGUCCCAACUGCUGGCUGGCCGAACCUGGCUCCUACCGUGUUCGCCCGAACACAACGCACCCUCAUUUCUGGCUGGAUCUGGCCGGAAAUAUAGCUUGUAUACAUUCAGUUUUAGGGUGCGUUAUACUCGGGGGAAGACGGUAGGCGUCCAGGUGACGGAUCUCUUUUCGUCGGACCCUGGCACGGUGCAGUCGGCGUUGUGGCAUCACCCGUGAGAUCCGAUCGCGCUCGCAUUGCGCACCCCAGCUGUGAGGGGAAUGGAGUAGAGAUCCUGAUCGGGACUGUGACGAGGAAGGCAGGUGUGGCGUGCACGACAGCUCACCUGGUCACAUUAGGUUGUUGGCAUGUUGGUACAGCUCGCCUGGCCAGAUCAGGUCACACGACGUGCAACACGAUCGAGGCCCUGAGUUGCCUACCCUGGUGUUUUCCGUCUCUUGUCUGUCUGUCUACUGUCUCACAGGGCAAUCUACAGCUGCAAUAAUGUCGUCAAAGGGUGGAAGAUUUAAAAGCUCUGAAGAGCAGGUUGUCUGCCAGUUAACGAAGAAUCGCAGAGUGACCGUAAAAGAAUGGCAGGGAAAGCCUGUAGUGGACAUCAGAGACUUCUACGAGAAGGAAGGAGAGGUGUUGCCGACAAGGAAAGGAAUUAUGUUAGCGAAAAGUCAGUGGGAUAUUCUGGUGGAGAAUUUAGACGCAGUGGAUGAAGCCAUCAAGGAGCUGCAGUGAUCCGAACUGAACUGAACUAUACACAAUGUUGUGUUUGCACGCAAAGAUAUCUCCCUCCCUCCCUCCCUCCCUCCCUCCCUCCGUCUGUCCGCGCGUGCAGCAUGUUUUGUUUUUCUCCUUAUUUGUACAAUACAACACAGUGUGCGCAGUCAACGGCGAAAAGACAGUGGCCAGGGGAAGUGGCCUUGCUUUGGGACCGUUUUGUCUGAAGCAUCAUUGAGGUGCGGGCGCGGAAGUACACGUGCCUGCCUGGCUGCCUGCCUGCAGAUUACGUGUCAGUCUCGAUGAGGCUACCGAGGAGGAGCUGCGAUGAGCGCAAUGGUACGAAUGUCGACAUGUGUACCUUGGGACAUCUGUUGAAUAUUGGAACGAUAUGGAGAAGAUUGAUUAGCAUGGCCCCUGCGCAAAGGGGAUGGCACGCAUAAAUCUGGACAAUGGAUGCUUAGUCAGUGAGAAAAACAAAACAUUUUAUGGGUGACCACGACAUGCAGAGGAGGCAAGCAAGAGAUUUGAUCACUUGUGUUGUUGUCGUGCAACGCUUCAUCGAGUCGGUUGAGAUGCCAAAUUUAAUCAGGGCUGUGGAAGAAUGUGCUUGUAGGCUGUAGUUCGUUUUCACAUCGGUCUGUAAGGAAGAGGCCAAAUUUAAGGAGUUGCAACGGGACUCGACAUUGCGGCACCAAAUGUUGACGCUCAGGGAUUUAUCUGAACGAUGGAAAUGAUGAGUUGGAGUUGGAAAUGAACUCAUCUCGUAGGCCGAAGGCGGCGUCACCCGUCUACGCUUUCCAUCUUCAUAUGCUAGAUCCAAUACGACUAGGAGUCAGUCGAGCCGCGAUGAUGACGGGGAACUACUAGCCUACUACUAGCCUGUUUACUUGCUCAUGGUUUGCCCGAAGUGCCGUGGUGAGGUAGUUGCUGGCGUUGACUGUAUACAGUGUAUAGUGUGUGGUUGGUACAGUCGAGCUCUCACCGUCAACGAGGCCAUCAUGGAUCCCCUCUGCUUGUGGUUCUAACAUUUGCCUCCUCUCUUGCGCUCUGCUUUAUCUGAGGAGUGAGGACACACUUUCAAAAAUUUGCCUCUUUCCUUUUUGCUCCAUCCGAAAAAAAUAAAAAUAAAUUAAUAAUAAUAAAUAUAAAAAUUCUGAAAGGACAAACGAACCUCCGUCUGAACCUUGCGUGCCGAACAUUUCUUCAAUUUGGCUGUGCUGUUCUCAUCAUCUUUCUCUCUUGCGCCCGUCUCUCGCCCCUUUUCCGGCCUCUAAAUUAUUCCUUACAAAUACUUUCUAUCGUAUGCUGGCGCCAUUCCCCUCCCUCGCCCCCCCAUCCUUUGUCAUCCACCUCUCUGUCUUUUUCCCUUCCCCCCGUUCUAUCUCCUGUGCACUUCCGUUUCCCCCCCUUUGUGGCUGCUGCCACAAGGGCUGCAGCGUGCCCCUUGACUUGUUUGAAUCUGAAGGAAAAAGGAUGGCAAAAUCCCUCUACACUUGGGAUGCGGGGGGCGAGGUGAACCACUUGAGCCCCCCAUCCCUUUCCGGCACGAUGAAGUGAGGCCCCAUCCAUUUUCGGUGCGAUGAAGCUAGGCUCCAUCCAUUUUCGAUGCGAUGAAGCUAGACCAGUGAGCUAUCGCGCUUUCUUCAAAGACUGGCUGCUUCCAGGCGCACGUCCAUGUGAUGCGAAGCGUCUGGUAGUUGUUUCUAUAAAGUGGCUGAACCCUUGACGGUAUAUAUAUUUGAUAGUAGGGUGCGCUAAGGCCAAGGGGCCACCUGGCGGCGCCUAUGGUCCACCUACCUUUUCAAUCUCUCCGUGCGGCAUAUGAAAAAAAAGGCUUGUAAUCCAAAACCGAUU